GCAAUAAGGCGACUAACGUGAGUGAAAACAUUGGAGUCGGUUUGUUGUGCUGAGAAAGUGUGUGAGCUCCAACAGAUGUGGUCCAUCAGAGCCUGUGUGUGUCCGGAUAAACCUGUCUGAUGGACUUUGUGCUGCUCACCUUCUUUCUGAAUGUUUUACCUCGGACUCAUCUCCCGGAAGCUACAAAGCUAACGACGCUAGCUUAGCAUGCUAGCUGCUUAGCAACAGUUUGAAGGAAAACAAACAGCGUUUUUGACGGAGUUUGUUCGGAGGAAAAGUUUCUGUCAUCGUGUGAAAAUGUCUAAAGUCCAAAUGCUGAGAGGGCUGGUGGAGCAGCGACUAACUGCGGCUGCUGAAGAGAUAUUUGGGCUGGUUGAAAGAACGAUAGCAGAGCACGAGGAGGAACUGUGUCGUUCAAAAGAGGAGCACGAGCGCCAACGGAAACGACUGGACGCUGUUUUCAGCCCUCAGCUCCGGCUGCACAGAGCAGAGCUCCCACUGCAACAUGUCUGUAAGGAGGAGGAGGUUCUCUCUGACCAGCAGCUCUGUAUUCAGGUGAGGAACUCCAGUCUGGACCGAGAGGAGAGCCUCCACAGAUUAAAGAGGAACCGUGCACCAGUCAGGAGGGAGAGCAGCUUGUCCUGAAGCAGGAAACUGAUACCUUUAUGUUGACUCCUACUUAUGAGGAAAGGGACCACAGUGAAGGUCAGACUCUGAACUUAAACCCUGAUGACACUCUAAAUGCAGCAGAGAAAGAGUCUUUAGCCAACAUGCCAGUUAUAACCUCUGUGGAAUCAGAAGCAAACGGUGACCACCAGCUCCAUGGAGCUGAGAGCCAAGACCAGAAAGGAGGCCAGCAUGGAGACUCAGGAUCAACUAGAAAUGCAGAGCCAGAACCAAAGAAGAGACGACGCAAGAGCAGAAGUCACAGCAACAACGUAGACAACACUAACAUGUCAGAGACAGAUGUCCCGAAGUUGUCGGUGGUUAAAGCAGAGGUUCACCCUGACCAGCAGGGGUGGAGCUCCAGUCUGGACCAGGCGCACCCAGACCCCCCACACAUUAAAGAGGAACAGCAGCAACUCUGGACCAGUCAGGAGGGAGGGCUGGAGGAGGAUGAUAGCCAGUUCCCGUUCACUACUGUCCCUGAGAAGAGUGAAGAAGAUGAUGAAGAGAAAGCUCAGUCCUCACAGCUUCAUGAAAGCCAAACUGAGGAGAACAGAGAAGCAGAGAGAACAGGAUCUGAUGGAGAGGACUGUGGGGACCACAAACCAGCCAGGACUCAGAUCCAUAGUCCUUUACAACCACUACUCAUGACAAGACUUCAGACUCCUCUGAAUCUGAAUUUGAGACUGAUGAUGCAGAAGGGAGGAGACUAG